AUGGGUAUCUUCGAGCCUUAUCGUGCUCUCGGCUACAUCACCGCAGGGGUGCCGUUCUCGGUCCAGAGGCGAGGAACUGAGACGUUUGUCACAGUCAGCGUCGGGAAGGCGUGGCAGAUUUAUGACGUAAGCAUGUUGUGCUUUGUCAUAUGAGCUGUUCGGUGUUUUCCACGAUCAGCGGGUUGAAGUUUGUAUUUCUGAAAUUUCGACCACCUGCGAGGAUCCUCCUUCUCAGUUUUUUUUUCUCUCGUGCAGUGUGCGAAGUUGACUCUGGUGCUUGUUGGUGAGUUUUCGUCCUCCACCGUGCACAAAACUGUGUUGUUUUGUUGGUAUUUUUCCUGUAUUUAAUUGCAAAUGAGUGUUGUAUUUUAUUCUUAUGUUUUGAAGAUUAUAUUUAGUAGCCGCCGUAUUCACGGAGUCAGACGUGAUGGUACAAAUGGAUGAAGCAGAUUGAUUUUAACGUGCAUCGUUCUCUUUUGCCUCCUUCCAUUUAUCCGGUUUAACGUCGUCCUUUCUGGAAAUUCAGAUAUUGAAUCAGGAUGACUCUAGCAGUGGUUGAGAGCAAGGCCUUUCCACACAUGAUAUUGAAGGAUUUUUUAUGGGUUUCAUCCAAUCAGAAUAGUGAGGCGAAUGUCUUGACUAAGAUAGAUUUUUCCGAAGAAUUGAAAUUAAUCGGUGUUUUUAUGUUCACUCCAUUUUUAUAAUUGACCGAAUAUUUCAUUCUUCUUUUAUCUUGGUUGCCUUUUCUAUUACAUUGGUAUAACUGGAUUUAGUCGAUCAUCCCUAAAUAUUGGUAUGCCACAAAUAUUGAAAUGUAGGACCUCAAUUUCCAAAGAAGAUCCGAUCUCUUGCAUGUUCUGGGGAUUUCACUUUUGCUGCAUUUGGAACUGAUAUUGCGGUUUGCAGACGUGCUCAUCAGGUUAGUAAGAUACCUUUGUGCUUUGGUGAUUGGAUGUUUCCAUUGUUACUUCUUAAUGGGUAAAUCGUGUCUUGAUUUUCGAAGGGUUUUGAGCGCAUACUGGAAUUACUCCUUUUUGGAGUAUUUGUUCAUAUUUGGCACCACCUUCUGGAUUUUACUUGUUUCAUUAACAUUCUACUGAUACUCAUCCAAGAUUGCUUUCGGGAACCUCCUUGUGAUAGAGUUGUUUUAGUUUUUUUGAGUCAUUUAUGUAGAUGGAAUGCACGCACAGUAAGGUAGCUGACUAUGACAUCUAUAGACGGCCAGUUGUGCAUAUUUUUAAUGUGAUUGUUGCGUAGCAUUUGGUUAUUUUAAUUUUUCAUUGUAAAUGCUUUUCUGGAAUGGACUAUUUUUCAGUUCUUGGCUGGGCCCUUAAUGGCCUUUAUUAUUUUCAGGUAGCAACAUGGAGCGCUCAUAAAGAAAAAGUUAAUUUAUUGUUCUUAUUCGGAGAUCUCAUCUUAAGUACUGAUGUCAAAGGCAACCUAUUUAUAUGGACAUUCAAAGAUAUUGAACAGAAUCUUCAGCCAGUUAGUCAUAUCGUCCUGCAAGAAAAAUUCUCACCAACAUGUAUCAUGCAUCCAGAUACAUAUCUGAAUAAGGUGACAUUGUAAUAUGUUUUAGUGAUGGAUGAUUAAUAUUUUCCUUCAAUGUUACGCAACUUAUCCUUAUUAUAUUUCCAUAUUCUCCAAAGCAAAACUAAUGGAAGCAGUAUUUGAUAGGUCAUUAUUGGAAGCCAAGAAGGUUCAUUUCAUCUUUGGAAUAUUAGCACUCAGAAGAAGCUUUUUGAGUUCGAAGGGUGGAAUUCUUCUGUUCACUGCUGUGUUUCCUCCCCUGCACUGGAUGUCGUGGCAUUUGGUUGUUCAGAUGGAAAAGUCCAUGUUCACAAUGUUAGAUGUGAUGAAGAGAUAGUCUCAUUCUCUCAUUCUACACAUGGGGCUGUUACUUCCUUAUCUUUCAGAACUGGUACUCUAUUCUUCUCUAUACUGAAGGGAUUUUUUGAAUGAUGAUCUUAUCUUUUUGAUUGUUAUUGCAAAAUGAGGUCCUUUUGGCCUUCUAUUUGCUAAUACUUUUUAUUUUAAUGCCUUCUCAAAUUAAACAAUCAUGUUUUCUUCCUUUAGCUUGCUGAUGAAAGGGGAUCAUGAACUACUGUCAAAUAAUCCGGAAAGUGAAACAGUCAUAUCUCAUUUAACCGAAAGUUUGAGGACAGUGUAAUAUACAUCUUUAUUUUUAUGGUCCCAGGUUCUUGGUGGGUAACUAAUGUGGGGGUUGGAAUUGGAUUUUAGGUGAUGUACUUAAGUUUUAAGAGAGACGAGUAAGAUUUGACCAGAAAUAACCGAGCAUAUCAUGCUGAAUUUUUAAUAUAACUUGAACAACUACUUUAAUCUAAUGUACCAAGUGUUAGCUCACAUAAUACACAUGCCAUGUAACACAUCUUUAGGUUUUCAAUGAUAGAUUUCCGAUUAUUCUUGCACUGGUUAUCAAAGCCCAGUGAAGAAAGCAAGAUCACUAAAUAGCAUAAUUUUCAAGUAUACACAGGCUUAUUGACUUUCGGAUAGUGGUUAGAAACUCUUAACGAAUUACCAUGACUUUGCAAGCUUGGAAGCAGAGUGGCUCUCAUUUUAAAAAGCCUUGAUAAGGGGUUUAAAGUAUUAUACUUGCCACUGGGGGGUCAACGCUGUUAUCCAAUCUUCGAAUAACAGAAGGUAUAGAGGUUGAAAAACGCAUUUUUUCUUUAUACUAUCAGGCUAGUACAAAUGCCGAACUUCAUAAAAUCGUAAGAUUGAUCGACCCAUGUGUCCAGACUGGCUGCCCUAUCUACUAUUAGCUCUAAUGAAAUUAUAUUAGAAAUUUUGUGAUGUCAAACGUAUUUGGGGAGUAGAACUUCCAACAAGGUUGGCGCUUAAAGAUUCAUCCUAUAAGUUUUCCUUCAGUACGACCUCUCUUGACUAGAAUGGCUUAUUCUUAGAUUUUUUUUCUGAAUUUAAGAUGUUGUAUUCUUUUGGAAUUCUUGUGAUUUGCAAUACCUUGAUCUUCGUCUAGUGCUUCUGGCAUGAUUCUUUCUCGUUAGAGUCCAAUUUAUUCCUUAGCUCAAUGUAAUGAAUCUUCUCAUUACUCAGUAGUUUCUUUUCUGUUGCUAAACCAGGCUCAUUAGUGACCUAUUUGUUCUUUUUCUCGGUGUUUCUCAAUUAUUCCUGGCAGUCCACCAUCUCGUAUUUUUUUCUAUUUUAUUUUUGUUAUUUUUUUGUUAGUCAGGUCCUUUUUUUCAAUUAUGUUUGGCAAUCCGUCACCUCGAGUAUUAUUUUUUACUGUUUGCUACUUUUUAGUGGUAGUUUACACUUAGAAAUUUCCCACCUUUCUUGUAUUCAGAUGUCUUGAGUUAUAUGUUACAUGCUCCUGAUGAUGAAAAUUCCAUAAAAAAAAUAUUCGGAUCCCUGUGAUCUACAUGUUAGAAUUAUGCUUGUUAUUCUCUUUGUAACUCACUACAUUUGGGUAUGUAGUGGUGGUUCCAUGUCACAUUGAUCCAAAAGCAUAAAUAAGUAAGCUUGAAUUCUCGAAUUCUUCCUGUGCCGUAACGUUAUUUUUAUGUGACCUGUUCUAGAGUCAUUUAUUGCAAUCAUCAUAUUUCCUGUUACGUGCUCACUUCAACUUUGAUGGGUUCCAAAUCGAUAUUUUUUUCCUUUGAUCAUCAGAUGGAGAACCUCUUCUAGCAUCAGGAGGGUCAUCGGGUGUCAUAGCCAUCUGGAACCUUGAGAAGAAAAGGCUUCAUUCAGUCAUCAAGGAAGCUCACGAUGGAUCUAUCAUAUCCUUGCAUUUCUUUGCCAACGAGCCUGUUCUUAUGAGUUCUGGAGAUGAUAACUCAAUCAAAGUAAGGGCAUUUUCUUUUGCCUAUUUUUAUGGUAUUGCAAUAGAUGCCAGUUUUCUUGGUUUACUAGUUCAAAUUUGUUAAACGAUCAAGUAACACCGCAUUCACAUUAGGCUUCUAGUUCCAUUAGUGGUUUGUUUUCUGCUUUAAUUGGAUAGAAAAUUUGCGUGCUUAUUUUUCAUUGUCAAGGAACCAUAUGCAUAUCUUAUUGGGUGACGAUUCUGGUUUUAGUGUACAUAAAUUUUUGGAUUAGUUCUUGAUUCGCAAUGUUUUGUUCUAUCAAUAGAAAACUUGAAAAUUACAUCAGUUGUUGAGUGUUGUCGAGUGUAAUCUGUUUAAAAUUUAAUAUGGAUCUGCAUUUCAAAAGACAUUACAUAAUUUCCGAAUUAUGGUUAGAUGGAUCGAUGCAAGAUUUUAGAUAGGGAUCUGUAUUAGUGUGGAUACGUCCAUAUCUUUUAAUGUGGCUUCUAGCAGAUGCGCCCAUUUUAAUUACAAUUUUUUCUUGCUAACACUAGUUAGCACCAUAGUUGAGAGCAUGAAGUGGCAAAUUAGAUCAUUUACGCUCAUUAACCUCUCUCCGCUUAGAGAAUAAUUAUGUGAGUUUUCCACAUGAGUUUGGUAAUCAGGUGUAGUGUUUAAAUAAGCUGCUAACUUGGCUGACAGCUAACCUAAGUAAAGUUAACAAACCUAUUCGUCAAUACUUCUGCGUCACCAAGUUAACUAUUUCAGAUAAAGCUGACGACCUUAGACUUUUCAGUUACACAGACUCUUCGUUUAGUGGUUUCUGCUUGUUCUCUGUUGUCCUAUAAAUUUGAUUUCAUUCUUCUAAAUAGUGAACCUGACCUAAAUCGUUGAUUCUGCCCGCAUGUAUGUUUUCAUAGAUACCUUGAAGAAUUAGUUUAGACUCUCAAUACAUGGAUCCGGCUACCUGGUCUUGUAUUAAAUUCAGUUUCAAUUCAUGUUUAAAUAGAUAUUUUCGAUCUUUUUUCCUUAUUUAGAGCACCCAUAUUUGCAAUUUUAUUUAUUUUCUAUUUCCUCUUUGAUGUUCAUAGAUGUGGAUUUUUGAUACAAGUGAUGGCGAGGCCCGUCUAUUACGGUUCCGGAGUGGCCACAGUGCACCUCCAUUGUGUGUCAGGUAAGAUGAUCCAUUGUCCACAAGCUUUUUUUAUUGUGCUCCUAAUGAUGCUUUAUUAUCUUGUAACGUUAGCUGCUGGGUUUACAUGUGCGGAACUUAUGAUGCACGCGAACUUUAAACAUAUUUUUCAGCAAUCCAGUGGAUACUUACGGAAUUUUAUUUGGACGACAUUGCGGUCUAUCUAGAUUUUUUUCUAUUUUUUAUUUGCUGAUUUUUAUUGUUAGCAUGUUGUAUGUUGCCAAGUUGUUUUUGAUUCCUUGCCUUUUUUAAGUAACUUGUUAACUGUGGGGAGCAUGUGUCAGAAACGAAGUUAUAUCCGUAAUUUCAUUGUUUUUAGGAACAUGCUGUUUAUGCCUUUUGACAUUUAGUAAACUCUUUUAGACACCACCUACAAUGUUUUGAUGAUUGCGCGUUGUAAAGAUGCUUUUAUUAGCUAGGCAAGCAUAUCCAAAAUGUGCUUACUCGGCCUUUUCAGUGCCUUGAUAGACUAUAGCAGGCUUCUUUUUAACAUCAAAGAGCUUAUUUAGACAGCACAAGAUUGACCAGCAAAUAGGAGAUACAAUUUUCAAUCAAUAGUACGAUGAUACUUUCUUGAAAGCAUGACAGAUGCUCUAAAGACAGAUUUGAAAAAUAUCUCAGAACUUAUGAGGAUUGAUUGUUUGAUUGUGCUCCAAAAGAGGAAUGUUUUUGUCGUCUUUAUUGUCAUUUUAUACAUGCGUCAUUUUUUUAUUAUUACCACAACAUAAAUCAGUUCAAGAUAAAAUUGAUGCAAUAUAAAAUGCUAACUCCUGUAUAUCAGAAAUUUCCUUUGAAUCUUUACUAAAACUAGACCUCGCUAAUGAAACAGUACCCACAUCCUUAUUCGCUUAAAUCACUUUAACAAGUACAAUUUGGUGCUGUGCUUUUGGUUUAACUGGAACUCAUUUUCUUAGGAAUCUUUGGUCAAAUUUUAGCUUUAUUUUUAUGAUCUGGAUAUAUCUUUCUUUCACAUGUUGUUUGUUCUCAGGAAAUAUGUACUUAAUAUCACGAAUUUCUUGGUUCAUUACGCUAGGUUUUAUGGGAGUGGAAGACGUGUACUGUCUGCUGGUCAAGAUCGUGCUUUUCGCCUCUUUUCUGUUGUUCAGGUCAGAUGAUAUUUCAUUUUUAUUCAGUUAUACUAGCUAAACAUAUCUUUUUAAUGAAAUUGACUGUGGACUGUGAAAUUGACUGUGGACUGUCACUUAUUAGUCCUGGUCGAAUAUUGACUGUGCAUCGACGUUGUGUAGGAUCAACAGAGUAGAGAACUGUCUCAGCGCCAUAUUGCCAAAAGAGCAAAGAAACUUAGAGUCAAGGUACAACAAUGCCAGCGAUUGUUUCUCUGCAUGUAAUGUUAGAAAUGGACGGUUUUUGGAGCUAUAUACCAUUGACUCUCACCUGUUUCUUUCAUACAGGAAGAAGAAAUCAAGUUGAAGCCUGUUAUUACAUUUGAUUUUGGUAUGGACUAAAGUCUAUUUUCUAUGUUUAGAAAAUAUCCUUCCUUUUUUCCCCGUUUUUUUUAUUCUUAUUCAUCGACUUACUGGGGACAUGAGAAUUCAAUCUUCUUUCAGCCUUCAGGAACGUGAAACUCACUUAUCGUUGUGUUUAUGCGCACUGAUGGAUACCUUCAUUGGAAAUUUUAGAGUAAUUUUUUUUUAUGAAUUUCUUUUUGGGUUAGGAUUGGACCAUUGGUAGAUCCGCUAGAAAGCAGUGUGUAUGAAUUGUUUUACUGGUAUUGGCCUUUAAAGACUACUUGUAAAGGGUGGCUGCUGUAGUUAAGACAACUCAGGGCUCGUAAGUUGACAUAAAUUGAUAAUGUUGGAAAAGGUUUAUAGAUAUGGAAUUAGCAUUUCUUUCCUCAUCCCUGAAUUUCUUUUGGCUCUGAACAAACCAACUCCAUGUUGUGUCUUGAUCAAACUGCUCACAUGUGGUCCUGCAUAACUAUGAAUCGUUAUCUGCUUUAUGGGAGCGUUUUGCUCAGUUUUUCUUGUAAGUCAUUCACUUAUAAUAGAUGCCCAUACUGUCAGCCCGUGAAACUGACUUAUAAUCUUCAACUCCACUGUGUCCAUUCUGUCAACUCCACUUUGUCCCUUACAUUACUUAUGUUGCGACUUUGUUUCUGUUUGAUCCUUUGUGUGUGUUUUUUGCAAGGGAAUUCUAUUAAUUUUUUGUGAUUUUUCUCGUCUUUUCGUUUACAUCAUAGUUUUUGGCAUUAUCAUGGACGGUAUUCUGUGAUGUGCUCAUUGAAGUAUUAGACAUGGUCUAGAAAUUGUAUACAUUUGGUAAUGGCACUGACCUGAUUGCACUUUGCAUAACUGCUAGCUGAAAUUCGUGAGCGUGAUUGGUGCAAUGUUGUUACGUGCCACAUGGACACUCCACGGGCAUAUGUAUGGCGACUCCAGAGCUUUGCUCUUGGGGAGCAUAUUUUGACACCAUCUACCCGCAAUCAGACACCAGUUAAGACAUGCGCAAUCAGCGCAUGUGGCAAUUUUGCAUUCCUGGGAACAGAGGAUGGUUGGAUCGAGCGCUUCAAUCUUCAAUCAGGAAUUAGCCGAGGCAUCUACUUGGAUGCAUCUGAAGGUAGAAGCUGUGCCCAUGCUUGUGAAGUCGUUGGAAUAGCUUGUGACGCAACAAACUCUAGUUUGAUAAGCGCUGGCUACCAUGGUGACAUAAAGGUUAAUAUCCACCUCAAUACCCUUUGUUCUCCUAGUAUGUGCUUUGUUAUUUCUCCCUGAAAGGUAUUUUUCAAAUCAGCCCUAUUUUUAUUUCGCUCUACUGAAAUCCCGUUAUAGUGUCUUCUUUUUCCUAUGAUAAUGGCCAAAUAUGUGCUUCUGUAAAUUCGUAAGUGACAUGGAGAAGAAAUAAUGUAAAGGUAUUUCAGAGUAAAAAUUUAAGAGUAGCUUCUUUGGAUUUGGAUCCGUCUUCAUAAGUAUCCAUGUGUUGAUAUCCACUUGUGAUGUAAAGGUGUUUUGUUUUUAAUUUUUGCCUCAGUAUACUGAAAGAUUAAUUGUUCAUGUUAACUUUUUAAUAUUCCUCUUAAGCAGAUAUGGAAUUUAAAAAAAUGUGAGUUGAAGUUCAGGUUGGAUGUGGGCCAUUAUGUUGUGAAGUUCGUAUACCACCGGACAAAUGGUAGAUAAAUUUCCUGCUAUUUCUGUAUUCUCGAAGUUGUGUAAUCUGGAGUCUAAUGCAGAGAUACCUUUGGUGUUUCCUGUGCCAGGUCUUCUUGCUACUGCAGCCGUUGACAUGGUUCUCCGUGUCUUUGAUGUGAUCACUCUGAGGAUGGUUCGUAAGUUUGAAGGACAUACGGAUCGCAUAACUGAUUUGUGUUUCAGUGAGGAUGGUAAAUGGCUGUUAUCUUCCAGUAUGGAUGGAAGCCUUAGAGUUUGGGAUGUCAUUUUGGGCAGACAGAUAGAUGCGAUAAGCGUUGAUGUAUCGAUCGCAGCAUUCUCACUGUCCCCUUGCAUGGAUAUCUUGGUGACUUCGCAUGUUGAUCAAAAUGGUAUUUACCUUUGGUAAGUGCUACUCAGAUCGUGGUGGGUUUGGUUCAUAGUAUAAUUUAUGUGAUCCAUUGAUUGACCUAUGAGAUUCAAAUUCCUUUCUGUCGCGGGAAUGUGCAAAAAAGUGAGUUGAUAUCUAAAGUUUCUUCACAGCGACUUGAUGUCCUAGUGUUUUCUUUUUUAUUGUAUCAUUGUGUCGGUUUUUUUUUUUUUUAAUUUCUUGAUCCGAAGAUGGUCUGUCAGUGGGAAGCAGUACACAAAGUAAAUGAAGGCGCUGUUUCCUGUUCAGUAGUCCUAUUAUCUAUGCUUCAGUUUGGUCGAUUCUGGAUUUCAUUCACCUGUUCUUCCACAGGGCCAACCAAGCAUUGUUCUCUGGCUCUUCCAACAUGGACACAUAUUCCAGUACAAGGGAGGUCAAAAUGCUCAACUUUCCAUCCAGCGAUGUAUCUGAGACGCAGGAAACAGAAGACCCUAAGACCCGCGUGUUACAUCCAGAAAGCACAAUUUUUUCAAAUCUUAACGUGCAGAUACCCAACCUUGUUACUCUCUCGUUGCUUCCAAGGAGCCAGUGGCAGAGCCUUACAAAAUUGGAUAUAAUAAAGGUACAUUUUGGAUACAGUUUUGGAGAUUUAAUGAGGGUGACGCUUCCAUAAUGCUCUAAUGCCCUCGAUUUAUCUAUUCUAAGUUUUUAGCUCAUGGGCACGAUUACAAUCUUGUUAUGUUUGACAUUUUGGCUUCAUUAUAUUUGAAUGCUUCGGUCGUUCUGCCUUCUUCUCUUACUUUGGUUUUCUGCUUAAAUAUGGCUUGCAGGCGCGUAACAAGCCAAUUGAGCCACCAAAAAAGCCAGAGAAGGCGCCUUUCUUCUUGCCCUCGACUCCUUCUCUCUCGGGGGAAAUAAUAUUUAAAAAUGAUGGCGCCACCCUGGAUGAAGAAAAGGACGGUCAGGCUGACGGACCAGUCCGGAGUAAAAUAGACGUCGGUCUGCCAUCACAAUUCUUGCAACUAUUACAAUCUUGUGCAGAGGCCGGAAAUCGUGAGUACAUUCAUAGUUUCCUAAUCAUCCUAUAUACUUGUAUACUUGGCGCCCAAUGCAGCUUUUCUUGCGUGUGGAACUAUGCAUGCCACCAGAGCAAGAACGAGUACAAUGGUUCAAAACUUAUGGGAUUGGUUUAUCAUGCUUAGUAUGAACUCUGCAUAUUCGUGGAUCUGCUACCUUAUUUAACGAGUGAUGCAUUUUUUGUUGUUGUUGUUGUUGUUGUUGUUGCGUUUAUUCCUUUUCCCCCCUCCCGCUUAGAUGUGGCGUUCACAGACUACUUAAAGGGUCUAUCUCCCUCGACUCUUGAUGUGGAGCUCCGGAUGCUGCAAAUUAUAGACGAUGAAGACAUCCAGAGACCCGAGGAGAGAACUGAAUUGCAUGCUAUUGCGCUGUUGCUGGAUUAUUUCAUCGAUGAGAUUUCCUGCAAGAACAACUUUGAAUUUAUUCAGGCUGUUAUACGAUUAUUUCUCAAGGUAUGCCCGCCUUCCCCCCGGUUAGAUUAGAUUAGAUUAGAUUCUUUCUUGACAAUGUGGAAGAAAACGCUUCUGACUUCACUCGGUGCUCUGCUGUCCCUGGUUGGUUUCGGCUGGGGACGGCGGAGUUUUCUCGUGUUCUGCCGGAUAGUGCUGCCUUCCAUAUUCUCUGAUCGACGACGUUUUGCUGCCCUGACAUGUGACAGAUCCACGGGGAGACUGUGAGGCGGCACGCGGCGCUGCAGGCCAAGGCGAAGACGCUCCUGGAACUACAGAGCGCGGUUUGGCGGAGGAUAGAUAACAUGUUCCAGAACACGAGAUGCCUGGUGACGUUCCUGAGUAACCUGCAGUUCUGA